AUGGCGCAGUGGAAACGCGCUGAUGGAGGCCCCCCCUUCCCCCUGUCCACACCCCCCUCCCCCCUGUCUCCGCCCCCUCAUCCUCUGAGUCCAGACUCUGUACUCGACCUGUCAAUCACAGCAGAGCCCCGCCCACCCAGGACAACUAGACGAAAAGUCCAACAGCCAAUCGUGGGCCAGAGGAACAGUUGUCUCCGUGGUAACAGCUCUGCCAUUGGUCAAGUCAGACCUGAGCCGGAAACGCCCAAUCACACCCCAGAAUCUGCAGCAACGUCCAAUCAGGUCGCAGCGUGUCCGGAGGGGGCGGAGCUAAACACCACUCUGGCUCUCAGGGCGGAGCUUCAGUCUGUGCAGGAGGCGCAGUGGGACGCAGCCAAAGCUCUGAAACAAAGUCUGGAGAAAAACCAAAGAAGUCAGACGCUCCUCAACUGCAGAGCGACGCAAGGCGUGUCGUUUCCUCGUCGUGCACGUCUGUACUCUGCUCUGGUGAGCGUGCACGUGUCGGAGGGUCAUGUGAUCAGACAGGCGGCUCUUCAGAGGCUCCCAUUGGCCGCCGCUCCCAAAGCUCCGCCCGUUGCCUCCGCGGGCCCCUCCCUCCUGCCGCUGACCUCCGACCUCUACAGCAGGCCCCUCCCCCCGUCGCCCAGCCCCGCCCCCUGCAUCCGGCCCCGCCCCCACAGUGCCCCCUUCAGCCUGUUCCAGAGACAACAGCGCUGGACCGCGGCGCCGUAAGACC